AUGGAAGAAAGUACAGUCAACGAUGAGCAGUUACAGAAAGAGAAUUGGCAAAUGAUGCAGGCUCAUGUCGAGGAUGUCCUAGACAAUAUCAGCUCAACUACAAUAGUAGAUAUUUUUUUGCAACUUUUAAGUGUGAAUCUACCACUUUCCCGUUAUUUGAUUGUCUCCGUUAUAUUAAACAGACAAAUAGUUGAAGAUAAAGCUGUUGAAUAUUCUGCAUUAAUUGCGUUGGUGAAUUCAGAAUUUCCAGAAAUAGGUGAAUCGUUGAUUAAGGAAAGCGUUGCAUGGUUUAUAAAAGGUUAUAACACAUAUGAUAACAGAUACACCUAUUCUAUGAUAUCGUUAAUUUCUCAGUUGUUCAAUUACGAUGUCUUACAUGAAAUUGCCAUAUUACAAAUUCUUCAUCUACUAAUGGAUGAUAUUGAAAAUGGUUCAAUAGAUAUCAUCAUUAGAGUGAUGGAACUGACAGGAGAAAAAUUAUCUACUGUUUGCAAAACUGUUCACAAUAUGGUAUUCGAAAAGUUGAGAGAAAUUUUACAACAGAAUAUUAAGAGCUCUAACAUUUCUAGAUAUUCUCUUAAUGCGAUAGAAUCAUUAUUUGAGCUCCGAGCAAGACAAUACAGACCCAACAUAUUUCGCCUUAUAGAUAUCCCACCGCAUGAUUCCAAUAUGCAUACUUUUAUGAUUGAUGUUAAUAAUAUUGAACCUUCUAAGGAGUUGACAAAGUUUAUAUAUCAAAAAGAUUUUGAUGAUAAUAAUAAGAAAUAUGAUGAAAUUAAACAAACAAUUCUUAAAAAAUAUGAACCGAGUGAUUCGAUUGGUACCAAAGAAGUUAAAAUAGAAGAUCGAACAGGAACUGAUGAUGUAGAAUUUAAGAAGAAAAUUUACUUACUGUUAAAAAGUUCGUUGUCUGGUGAUGAGGCAGCUCAUAAAAUUUUAAAACAAAGAAUUCCAGAUGUUGAAAAGCAAGACGUAGUAGAUGUAAUAUUUAAAACUAGUAUUCAGGAGACUACAUAUUCAAAAUUUUAUGGAAUUCUAGUUGAGAGGCUGCUGAACAGUCAUAAAAUUUGGAAAUCAGCCUUUCUAAAAAUAUGGGAAUCACACUAUGAAAAAGCAGAUGAUUUUGAACCUAAUCAACUACGUAUUGUUGGGAAAUUAUGGGGACAUAUAUUUGCAUCUGAUUACAUUGGAUUUGAAGCAUUUUCUAUCAUUCACAUGAAUGAGGACGAAACCACGCCUGCUGGUAGAAUAUUAGUGAAAUAUAUUUUUCAGAAACUUGUGUCAGAUCUUGGUAUAGAUGAGUUAAAAUCAAGAUUGAAUGAAGAAUACAUUCAACCCUACCAAGUGAAUAUUUUCCCCGUUGACGAUCCAGAAAAGAGUAGGUACUCUAUUAACUACUUCACUGCGAUUGGUCUUGGUGUUUUGACGGAGAAUAUGAGAAAGUAUAUUGAACUUAUCAAUGAGAAGAAGAGAGAGGAAAAAGAAAAAGAAGAUGAAGAGAAAGAGAAGGUAUAUCAAGAGAUUAGAAAGAAAAGAAUCGAGGCAGCAAUUAAACAGCGUAAGCAAAACAUCACCACUGAUUCGAAACAAACUCCUAGAGAUACCGAAACUAAUAAAUCACGAGUUUCUAGAUAUGACAGAGGUUCAGGUGUAAGCAAGCCUGACAGAUCUAAGACUCCACCAAGGCGUACCAGGUAA